AUGAAUGAUGUGAGGUUCGAUCCAGACGAUUAUCAGUUUAGACCUCGUACAACGGCGGCCUUAGAGCCAACCUUCCACGAAGUUCUUGACAGCCCUUCAAUCGAGAACAUGAGGGCGAUCCUGAAAACCUGGGAUGAUACUCAUAGAGCAGAGGGCUUUGACCCACUUCCUACAUUGACAAGUAUAGCAGAAAUUAUUGAGCAAGCAGUCGACGAUUUUCUAAAAUUAGACCCUGAUCCUUUGGACGAUCGGCACCCUGCUCGUACUCAUCCACAUGCUGAAUUUGGAAAUCUUCUGAAAUUGUUAUUCCGUAAUGACGACUUCAUGAACAAGCUCGUUAUCUCUUACCUUCUCGGUCGUGACAAAGCUGAGCUGAGUGCCGCAGCUGCGAGAUUACUACUCGACUGCGUUCCUGGUUUGGAUGCCGCAGUAGUUUUUGCGGAGCCAAGCGAUUUUGUGCCACAAUUGUAUAUCUGGGCAAAAGAUAGCUCGAAUGAGUCCUUACGAGCUUACUCUUUUGGGUUAUUAGCAUCUGCACUCGAGGUUCAAGGAAAUGCACACAAGUACCGACUUAACAACAUCGAUCUCUUACCGGUUGCUCUUCGAAGGCUUGGCGAGCUGAAGGCGCGCAUGUUUGAAGAACGCACCUUAGCUGAGCAACAAGGCACCUCAGCGAAGGAGGGAGAGCACUGCAAUGGCUCCAAGGAUGAAGAGCAUCGCAACGGCUCUCCCGGGCCAUUCUCAAACGUGAAUGGUUUGGAUAUGGAGGAAACAAGCUCUGAUGGUCAAGCUGGCGGAAGUUCCAGUAACGAAAAUACGAGAAUGAGUGGGAAAAGGACGGGAGAUGUUGCGGCGCUCACUGCUGCUAGACCCAAAGGUUUAGCUCCGUCUCUACGUGUACAAGCCCCGGCACCGCCUUCUAAGGUCAGUCCCGAUGGCUCUCCUCCACCGAAAAAGAAGAAGAAACUCGCGAAGAAUGAAAGAAAAACGCCUGUCGAAAUUGCAAAAGUCCCAUCAUUUGCAUCACUUCAUAAUUUUGAGAACAGUAACAGCACGUGGAAUGUGAUGCAGCCCUAUGUUAUAGGUACUCACAAGGUAUACCCGCUAUCUACCACGAUGUACCAGAGGCUUAUCUUGCAGUACCUCAUCCCUACAGGAGAGUACCAAGAUUUACUAAACCUUGCCAUCGAUGGACACGCGUUGGAUCUCAUUCUAGAAUAUGUUGAUUUAGAGAAAAUCAAUGAUAUCAGACUAACAUUUGAUGCUCUUAGGUAUCUAACUUCACUUCUGGUUCAUCGGAAGUUUGCUCUGGAAUUUAUCGCACGGGGUGGUGUAGCUGCCCUUGUACGAGUGCCACGAGCUUCCAUGGCAUCAGCAGCAUCCGUCACUGCAUUAUACUAUCUUUCGUACAAUGAGGAAGUCAUGGAAAAAGUGUGUCAGCUAAAUGACAAAGUGCUGGACGAUGUUGUAGAUUACGCUUUAUGGUGCUUGGAACAUAGUUACGAAAGUGGCAUGGGAAGUGCAGCCAUGUUUUUCACGCAUGGGUUCUUUUAUAAACCAAUUCUGGAACGAUUCGAUCAGAGGGAUGGGCUGAGAAGAUUGUACAACUAUAUAUCAACUCUGACAUUGUUGCAAGAAGCCAACAAAGACAAGGUUGAUCUUACGGAGGAACAGCACCUUACCAGCUCACAAGCGAUUAGGAACGCUUGUACCGCUUUCAAAAAUUAUCUAUCAUCUCAUCUUUUCUUGAAACUGGAGCAAAUUCGUCGAACAGUUGGCAACAGAAUACUUUUGGCUGGCUGCAACUACCCCUCUGGUCUGCAUAACAACCACCCAUCAUACAAGUCGAUGUAUUUGGACGACGAUUCAAUCAGAGAUGGUGUUUGGCUACUUACCACUGCUCUCCGAGCUUCCAGUUCUGGAUGGAAACCAGUCGAUGAUGCACGAAAACUGGGCUUGAUCAGGACACUGUUUGGGGUGAUGAUACUUACUCAUGAGCUCGGUCAUACUGGAAGGUUUGAGACUGCGUUGAAUGCCCUCAAGACGCUAUGGUUAUGCUCGUGCCUUCCUAAAGUGCAACUGGAAUUUUGUGAAUCCAUGCGUUUACCGAAUGGAAACGACUCCGAUGGAAUUCAGAUCUUAAUGGAAAUCAUAGGCAGUGUCAUUCUCAAUGAUUCGGACAUCAAGAUAGCCGCCCUCAACGUCUUGAUUAACUGCAUCUCAGUUCCAGAAGAAAUGUGCAAAUCGCGAAAUGAGAGCAGCGACAAGAAAGAGAAAGACAAGGACGGAAGACGCAGUAGAAGUGCGUUCAGCAAUCUACAGACGAAGGAGCAUUGCGAGAAAAUUUGGGCAGCCACUCGGAAGUAUAAUGGAAUCAAUAUACUCCUGACUGCUAUCCGUGUCAAUAGUCCCAUAGCCGACGCUGAUCAAACGCGUGCACUAGCAUGUCGUGCCUUGCGCGAAUUCUCCAAGUGGGAGCCCAUUCGACAGAUCCUCUCAAAGCUUCCAUUUAUCACAGGCAAUGAGUUGCAAGGACUUAUGCGACAACCUGUUAUGCUAGAGAAACGAUCUGAGCAUCUGAAAUUCUGUGAGGAAGCCAGAAAACUGAUUGAGACUGUCACCCAACGGCCAAUGAUGGAUCAGUUAGCGAACCCGAAGGAUCUCACUGAGGAUCGUCUCUGGAAAUCCCAUGUGAUAGCAAACACGCGAGUUUCUUACAAUGAAAAGGAACUCCUGCAGUUGAUCCACGAUCAUCUUGUGAGGAAAGGCCUUCAUGCAACUGCUUCACAGUUGGUAACAGAAGCCGAACUGCCCGAUGUGCCUGCCAGUAGAGCUCCGACUACACCUGCCAGAUUACCUCCCAUGCCUCGAAACCAUUCUUUGGCUAUCUCACAACUGCAACCUCGAUCGCUCACUCUUCCUGGGGCCUCCGGAUUAACCACCACUGCCACUAGUUCGGAAUCCUCUGUAACCGUCAACUCCAUCAGUAGACGUUAUGGUGGAAAUAGUACAUUUCAACGAGAUCAAACGUUUGCAGAACCUUCGCCUGGCCGCGUGCGAAAAAUAAAGUCUACCAAUCCAUUUCCGCAACGACUACAACUUCGAAGUGCUGCAACAUAUGGUAACCGGGUAGGAACUUUGGAAAGACCUGGAUUACGACCAUAUAGAGGUCUUGAUGACAUUGUAACCGAAUAUUUCAGAGUGCAACAUUCUAAAUGUUCCCAUCCAGUAACCACUUGUCCUCCGUUCUCACUCUUCUAUCCUCAUCGUUGUCCCGAACCACGUACAACGGGAUCUGUUCCUCUGAACAUAGUGAAUAGAUUCUCCACGAAAGAUACUUUGCCUUACAGUACGAGAGCCCUGGUACAUUCGAAAGACGAGAGCUAUGUGUUCAGUCGGUUUCGGCCAUCUCGAACCAUCAGCGAACAUGAUGAAAUGUACACUAGUUGUGCUUUCUCGAUCGACGACGAGCAUCUUAUCGUUGGAAUGUUCACUGGAGAUGUGCAUUGGAUAAACAUGGAGUCAGGUGCGGAGGAAUCGCAUACCCUGUGUCAUUCGAGUGGUAUAACUUCAAUAGUUCCUAGUCAGGAUGGCAACUUUCUGCUGACAUCUUCCGCAUAUAUCUCACCUCUGUCUGCAUUAUGGCGAUUAGGAGAUCAACAGGAGCAUGCAUUCGAUCUACCAGAGGAAUAUUUCGUUCAGUUUACAAAUUUAUCGAGUGAAAAAAUCAUUGGGACAUGCGAUGUCACUGGUUCUCUCUAUGACACCGAAACUGGCAGACUUUUGCGCAAAUUUCGCCGUGACUCUGUUCCUACUGGGUACACACACAAUCGUGCUUCAUUUUCCCCAUGUGAUACGAUGGUUCUUAACGACGGCGUUCUGUACGAUGUGCGAGGACCGGUUGUGCAUAUGUUCGAUCAGCUGAACACUACUGGUUGUAGUGUCUUUCAUCCACAAGGAAAUGAAAUCAUCAUAAACACUGAAGUGUGGGAUACGCGUACAUUCCGUUUGCUUCAUCUCGUUCCUGGUCUAGAGCAUUGCAAGCUCGUCUUCAACAGCUCAGGGAAUAUCGUUUAUGCUGCUAUGUACUCUGACUGUGCCGAUGUGUUCCGAAACACUUACUGUGCAUCGUUCCGAACAUUCGACACUUCCGAUUAUUCUGUGAUUGCUACUGUUGAUACCAAGCGGUUGCUUCUGGAUAUAGCCAGCGAUCAUUCGGAUAGAUACGUUGCUGUUGUUGAGCGAACUGGGGAAGGUGAAGUAGAGUAUAUGUUGAAUAAUGAGGAGACAGUAGUCAGGGCCUAUGAGGUCGGAAAACGUCGUGAUGCGGAGGACGAUGAUGUGGACGAGGUGGAAGAUGAAGAAGGUUCUGAAAGCGCACAAGAUACAGAUUCCAUGGGUGAAGCUCUUGAUGAUGCGGACGAAGAUGAAGACGAGAGCGAAGAUGAUGAUGACGAUGACGAUGAUGAAAAUGGUGUUUUUGAAGCUAUAGGAAGGCUUGAAGCAGGGACUGAUUCAGAGAGCUCUGAUAGUAGUAGUGAGAAUGGCUCCUGGGAGACUGCUUCAAAUCAAGACGAAAACCAUGAAAAUGGCGAGGAAGAUGGAGCUGAACGAGAAGAUGAGCACAUGAACUCAGCUGACCAUAGUGAGAAUGGAAGUGGUGACGAGGAACAGUUUCAAGUUUUCAUGCGAUCUCCCAGAGAGGAGCAUCCGACAAAAGAGAACGUUGAAGCAGCAUUGGGCAAAAAUGAAAGAAAAUUUACAUGCUAACUCAAUGUUUUCUCACGCAAUUUGUCAGCUAUUUUCCAUGGGUAAUGACACCCGCGUCUGAUAUAGGCCCUCCGGCCGUUUAUGUGUUAUCGAUGUUGUUACUGUUUUUGUUUUUGUUAGUUUCUUCCAGUGAACAAUGUACGGUACAAAAAAGUGAUUAUGUAUCAUUGUGAUGUUAUCGCGAGCUGUUGUUUGUGUAUUAUCACUUCAUCUGAAAUCUGCGCUUAGGUGGGUUUCUAUGCUCGCGAGCUGUUGUAGCAGUUAUAGCAAAACGACUAAAACC